AUGGAGUUGUCUCGAACAGUUCAUGAACUAAAUGGACUUAUAACUCGGCUUUUUCAGUCGGAAUCAAGUACUACGGCCCACCCCCCAGCGUCUCAGAAGGCUCUUCAAGCCCUCAGCCGGCGCAUUGUGAAACAAACUGGGGAAAAAGCGACCGAGUGUCCCGUCUGUCUUGAUGGUACCAAGGUAGGGGACAUGGUUGUGGCUCUGCUUUGCAAGCAUCUGUUUCACUAUGAUUGCAUCUACCCGUGGCUGAAAGAAUGUUGCACGUGUCCCGUUUGCCGGACACCUCUCGAAGACGGGGAAGACGAAGGAUACAAAAGCGCACCGGCUAAAGACAGCCCCGCUAUUGACGAAACGGCAGUUCCGGUACUAGGGUUAGGAUUAUCGGUCGCAGUGCCGCUGGCUCUCCGCCCUGCCUUGCCAGAGCCAUCAGCAGGUAGCUCUAGUUGA